ACCGGGUUAUGAAAGUGGGCCAUACGGUAGGUGAUCCACGAACCCACGUCUUAUUCAAAACAAAAAUCAUUAUCCAAAACCCUAAUUUCUCCAACUCCACCAUCAAUCUUCCUAAAUCAAAACCCCUAAACACCUUCCCCUCAAUCCUUCCUCAUCCUCCAGCGACCGGCUAUCAUAUUAACAAAAAAUUAAUCUCUGUUCAACAUCGCUGCUACCAACUUCAAGCUAUGCGAACAUGUGAAGCAUCACACGUUGCUCUUCAAUUUUGCAUACUUCUACAGUUCUACUAACCAAUUCUGCAGAUCCGGAUUAAACACAAACCAUUUCGACCCAUUCAGCGCUAUGAUGACCAUACGGAUGAUUAAAGUCGUGUGACCAUUCAGCGCGUGGAGCGAAUUAGCGAGCUGGUACACACACAAAGGUUCUACGGGAUUCAAAUAUGAUGCUGCCAUUCUUUUACCAGGAUUGUUUUACAAGAUUUGUUUGAACAUGUGUAGCAGCUGUACAUGUUAGAUUUGUUUAAAAUUAACUCAUACUAAAUGUAUAAUAAGUUGUUGCUGUUCUGUUACGAUUUAAUUAAUGAUGAAAUUUUCAGCACAGAUAUCCCGAUACAAAAUCCUUGACUUUUGCAGACACACGCCUAAGGUUAAACGAGCUAAUGGGCUACACCCUUGAGCUCAAACCGUCUCAAAUUCCCCAUGAACAAGCGGGUCGAGGUUUAUUUGUAGAUGCAGAUGUUGGCUCAGUAAUAGCACUCUACCCGUAUCUUAUAACCCGUUACCAUAGGACCAUAAUUACCAUUACAUCCCUGGAUACUGAAGAGUCUAUGCACAAAACCUGUAUCUUAUAACCCGUUACGACAGGACUAUAAUUAACGGUCAAUUUCGGGGUACUGCUGGUGAAACUACUAAACAAUGUAGAGGAUAAAAAUAGAAUAAAGCAUGCGGAUAUUUGACAAUUGGUCACUAUGCUGGAGAUGUGCAAUAUCAGUUUGAACAGUUUAUUGACAAAGAAUAAAGAGUAUGUGGUUUUCGAACUGAGGAGGUUGUUUCUGGAAGUUCUGGGGAUAGUCUUGAAUGAUAUGUGGUGCCAUAAGCAAAAACCUUCAGGAUGCAGAUUUUGUGAACCCUUAACAAAUCCAUGUGCUGGUGUAAUAUUCAUUUUUUUCCUUUUUGAAGAAUUAAAUGGAAUAUGCAGUCUUUACAAGAUCAUGUGCUACGGAAGUUGGGCAAAUUGGAAAACCAACUAUAAGAGAAAUUGGUCAUGGUACACUUGCAACGGAUUGAAAGUUGAGCAAAAUCUAUUUUUACUACGUAUACAAAUAAGUAUUUAGAGAUUUGUGAGUUAUAAUUGUAACUUGUCAUUUCUUAUUAUUGUAUGCAAUAUAUGUAAUUUCGGUCAUAAAAAGGAUAUAUGUUCAGAUUUAUGAAUUA